GCAAAUUGCUUAGUGCUUACUCCACCGUUCAUUGCUUUAUUUUUUGUUGUUGGAAAUUUGGAAUGGACCAUUCCUAUAUUAAUGGGCCUGAUCUGUUUAGAGAAUAAUGGGUUUCAUUAGGCCCAUAAUUUUAUUCGAAUUCAUCAAUCUUCUUGAUCUCUCUAUUCAUUCUUCUGUAUUCAAUAAUUUUUAAGUUUUUCUCCGGUCUUCUCUGUCUCUCUGUCCAUUUUCGUGGCGAAGAAGAUUUUUUAAGGUCUUUUCAAGAAAUUAUGGAAUCUGCAGGGAUCCAGCAACUGCUUGCUGCUGAACGUGAAGCUCAGCAAAUUGUCAAUGCCGCUAGGACCGCAAAAAUGACUAGACUGAAGCAAGCCAAGGAAGAAGCUGAAACAGAGGUUGCUGAGCACAAAACCAGUACAGAGCAGGGGUUCCAGAGGAAACUCGAAGCGACAAGUGGAGAUUCAGGUGCAAACGUGAAGAGGCUUGAGCAAGAGACUGAUGCCAAAAUCGAGCAAUUGAAGAACGAAGCUACGAGAAUUUCCAAAGAUGUUGUGGAUAUGCUUCUGAAAAAUGUGACCACAGUGAACAACUGAGUAUAAUAUCUCAAGGAAACCAUCAACUGUAAAAUGGUGUGAUAUUUUCAGUGGAUACGUUCAUUCCUUUCUUUAUAUUGUUUUGUGGAAUCCAGACUCGUCUGUUGCUAUUGAUUUUGAAAUUGUGUCUUGAAGCAUUGUAUUCAUUUCUACAGAAAGUCGCUUAGGACUUUUGUGUGUUGUAAUAAAAUUGAGAACAAAGGAGCCCAUUGGAUUUUGUUUCAUCAAGAAGAUUGGAAAUAUUCGAACAAGAACCGUCGGUUGUUUUGC